GAUAUUAUGGAUAGGUGCUGUGAAGAGAUUUAAAAACGGUCUUCAGUGUUAUGAUUUCUUGUUCUUGAGGUGGGCGUGCUAUAAAUCACUUACUCCGUACUGGUGCACGUCAAUAUGUGGCGCUCUUGAAAGACUUCACCGUCUUUCACAUCAGCAUAUGAAACAGCUCUGCCCGACUGAUUAACUAAGGACUGUAAACAAUGCGUGUAUGUAAAUGAGGUACACUCUGUUUUACAUGCAUCAACAGCUGUGCAUUAUUUCUUGUCAACAUGUCCUCCACAUUUUUACGCCUGAUAGUAGCUCUGGUGUUCUGUUUCCACGUAACUGUCGAAGUUGGUGCCAAUCCCAUAACGAAAUCUAAACUCUGUGAGGUCAUGAUGAAAAUGGACUGCAAAGAGAGUACGGAAAAGCCGGUGUGCGGAUCAGAUGGGAAGGUUUACCAAAACAGUUGUUUCUUUGGACAAGCGGUGUGCAGUAUUUCAGACCCUGGAUUGCGACUAACUGGCGGAAAGAACUGUGACCAAUAAAGUGAACGUUUAACCUUCUUGUACUAGGAUGUAACAGCUUUGUGGUGUGCGCCAUUUGAAAGCAGAACAAAAUUUGGAUUUGGGAAUCGAUUGCAUUACCCUUAUAAUGUGUAUUGUAAAUAAUCAAGGAAGGACAGAAUGAUAUGUAAUGACCUUUAGAUGAUAUUUAAAUGUCAGGGUUAAACUUUACGUAAAAAAAAUCCUUGAUUGAAAUAUAUGUUUUGUUUUUCUGUU